AUGUUCUCAUCGGUCACAAAAGAGCGUGUCUACCCCGCCGAGCUUGGUGGACCCUACUGGGUACGCAACAUGUUCAGCUCAGUUGAGUUUACUGCCGCAGUAUCACAGCUCGCAAACUUAAGCGAGUCUAUCAAGUCCCGCCGCCGACCUGUUCCAAUCAAAUGGACUGUAUUGGUCGAAAUCGGCCCGCACGCCGUUUUGAAAGGACCUGUCUCUCAAAUUCUGCAGUCUGUCAACCCAAAUAUGGCAUCAUUGCCUUACUAUUUGCUAGUUUCGCGCAACAUGCAUGCUUUGCAAACAGCGUUUGAAGUUGCUGGGUCUCUUUGGAGCACAGGACAUACAGUAGACCUUGCCGUGGUAAACAGCAGUGUUGACACUACAAGCCCAACUAUGAUUGCGGAUUUGCCUUCCUAUCCCUGGAAUCACCAAACGUCCUUCUGGCACGAGCCAUUAGAGACAACGCAAUUGAAACAGCGGAAGCAUCCGCGUCAUGAUAUCUUGGGAGCUGCUGUGGAUUAUCAAAACGCUUUGGAGCCACGGUGGAGAAAAUUCCUAAGACUCUCGGAGAAUCCAUGGAUGGCCGAUCAUGUUGUUGCAGGAUCGAUUGUGUUCCCAGCCGCGGGCAUGUUGGUGAUGGCAACCGAGGCAGCGCGGCAACUUGCCGAUAACCAGGCCAAUAUCAAGGGAAUAGAAUUCCAAGACAUUCGCUUCAUGCGAGGAGUGGUUAUUCCAGAUGAAGAACGAGGUUUGGAAACUCUCCUUCAGGUCUCGCCUCACCCAGGCAUGCCAGGCUGGUAUCAAUUCGGAAUUUUCUCACUGCCCUCCGGGGGUGCCUGGAUUCAACACGCGAAGGGCGCAUUCAUUACAAGAUACGAGGACCGAGAAGAUGAUGAGCAUAACUUGAACUGGGAAGCAGCGUUGGAGCGCAUCAAGAACACCCAAACAGUCGGAAAAAUGGCCGAUGUGAGACAAGCACGUGAGUGGUUGUCUCAAACUGGAGGACUUGCCGUAGGACCGGCUUUCCAGACAAUCACUGGCGUUUCCUUCUGCGAUUUAGAGCCUCGUAUCUGGCUAUCUGGGGUGGUCACAAACACAAAACAAUCAAUGCCCUUCGAAAAGGAGUCAUCCAGUUUUAUUCACCCUACAACUCUUGAUUGCCUCUUCCAGUCUGCUCUUUUGUCUUGCUCCAAUGCACUGUCCAGCAACAACGCUAAUAUUCCUGUCGGAGUGGAUAACAUAUAUAUCUCCAAUAAGUUCCAACCCCAGCCAGGUGAACCAUUUGUUGUCCACACAGAGAAUAAGUGGAGAGAUGGGCAAUCGCGGUCCCACUGUAUCGCGUCGGACCCCUGCUGGUCGCAGCCCUGGAUCACGUUUGAAGGUGUCCAUCUCGGUCGCCUACCUUUCAACCCCAAUUCUCAGAAGCAAGAGGAAGCGUCUUAG